AUGGUUUUCUUUACUCGUUUAUCUGCCGUUUUAUCUUUGGUUAUAUUGGCUACAAUUUUCUUGGCUUCUUUGAUCAGAUCGCCAGAUGAUGAUAAAAUUCAAUGUGCGACUUCAUUUAAAACCACAAAUUUUACUAAUUUAAAAACAGAAAAAUACAUGGUUUUCUUAAAAGCUGAAGAUAACGGACAUAAAUCAUGGUUAAAUGAUUGUUGGGAUGUGAAAAAAAAACCAAUUGAUAUCCAAAGUUUCUUUAAUCACAAUGUUGAAAAAAAUACAGCUCUUGAUUUAACCAUAGAAGGAACAUCUCUUAAAGGUUACAUAGCUCACUUUUCACCACAAUUUGUCAAGGAACACCUUUCCACACGUAGUGAUGUCGAAUUUUUUGAAAAAGAUUCUCCCAUAACAUUAAAAAAUGUUAUUCCCUCAAAAAACAAACCUUCCAAUGGAAUAACGGAAAAAACUCUUCUACCAAAUUUGGAUCGUAUUGACCAAAGUAAACUCCCGCUAGAUGGUUCUUACACAUUCCCCGCUUCUGCCGGUAAAGGUGUAAAUGUCUACGUUAUAGAUACUGGUAUUAACAUAAAACAUGUUGAAUUUGGAGAUCGUGCUAAAGUAGGAGGUAGAUUUUGUGAUGGUCCAGGUUGUGAUACUGAUAAUGAUGAUAAAGGUCACGGUAGUCAUGUCGCCGGCAUAAUUGGAGGAAAAACCGUUGGUGUUGCAAAUCAAGUUAAUCUCAUUUCUGUCAAGAUACUUGAUGCGAAUGGUACCGGUAGUCAAGGCAAUGUCAUUGUUGGUUUGCAUUAUGUCCUUAAACAACACAUAAAAAGUUCAAACAAAAAUACGGUGGUCAACGUGUCAGUAGGCGGUGUUUAUCUUGCAGCUCUUAACAAUGUCGUUAAAUCAUUAACCGACGCUGGUGCUCAUGUAGUAACGGCUGCUGGUAACAAUGCUAGUGAUGCUUGUUUCGUAUCGCCCGCCUCUGCUCCUGAAGCCAUAACGGUUGGUGCUCUUGAAGAAAAAGCAGAUGCUCUUGCUAAAUACUCAAAUGUUGGAAAUUGUGUGAAUAUCAUUGCUCCGGGCACCAACAUUCAAUCUGUCGAUGCAAAAUCCAAUGACAAAUUUACAAUUCUCACUGGAACUUCACAAGCAGCUCCACAUGUCUCGGGUGCAAUUGCUUUAAUCAUUGCUAAAGAAGGUAACAAAUCUCCUGCUGAAAUGGCCAAAACAAUUAUUAAUUUAUCAACAAAAAAUUUGCUUGACCCAUUGACUCUCAGUGGCACUCCAAAUAAUAUUCUUAGAAUCCCAGCACCAUGA